CUAAGUUAUGUAACGUUUUCUAUCUUCAUUUAUUAUUUCACCAAAAUCUUCAAAUCCCCAACACAAAUUUCACCUAUUUCCUCUGCAAAACCUCCAGAAAGUGCAGUGCAGUGCAAUCAGUAAUGGAAUCGGCAUUUUUGGACAUGCAAAAAGCUCCAUCUUUACCCAAUUCACCUUCCAACUUUGUAACGAAGAUUAAUAUGGUUGAACAAAAUUAUAUGGAUGGAAUUUCAAUGGGGCAUGUGGUUGAUGAAGAUUUUGAGAGCAUACUGAAUGGUUUGGAUUUUUCAAUGCAAAAUUUGGAAGCAGACGUACUCGAGGAAGAUUGGGAUGCGACCGUAUAUGGUGAAUUAUUUGGGCCAAUUCCUUCGGAAACUCUUAUGAGCUUACCUUUGGAUAUUGCGAAUAGCUGUUUGGAGGAUCGUCGUAUGACCAAUGCUCCUAACGAAUUUCUGGAGUCCCAAGGGAAUGCUCUAUUCCAGACAGGAAGUCCAAUUUCUGUCCUGGAGAACAACCGCUCCUGUUCUGGUGGAAGGAGUGCAAUAUCCUUCAACUUUGGAUCUAAAGGCCGUCGCUCCAAGCGAGCACGAUCAUCAACUUUGAAUCCAUGGCUUAUGAUGGCUCCCAUACCUUGUACAACUUCUGCAGCCAAGAAGAAUUCUGAUUCCAAAAGUGGAAAGUUAUCAAGUGCCAAAGGGUCACCUUUAUUUAAAAGGUGCACACAUUGUGAAGUAACAAAGACACCACAAUGGAGGGAAGGACCAUUGGGUCCAAAGACCCUAUGCAAUGCUUGUGGAGUUCGUUAUCGUUCUGGACGCCUACUCCCAGAGUAUCGACCUGCUGCUAGUCCCACAUUCAUUCCAUCUUUACACUCAAACUCUCACAGGAAAGUCGUAGAAAUGAGAAGAAAAACAGUUGAAUGUGACAGCCAAAACUUUGUUCCUCUGGGUAGCUAUUUGUUAGAUGAAUAUUUUUAAAGAGAUUACUAUAGUUUUAGUUUAGGUGCUUAAUUUACUUCAUCGUUGUUUUCGAUGUACAUACAA